UCGGUGUCGGAGCUGGGUGUUGCCUCGGUGUCGGAGCUGAAGUCAGACUCAGGAUCCCCGUUUGAGACUCGCCAGCGCCCGUCGUUGAACCCCUCACUGCUCCGUCUGGUCAACUCUGUGCCGCGUGUAUCUGUCUGAAAUAACCAUGGGAGUCGAAGGCUGCACCAAAUGUAUCAAGUACCUGCUCUUCUUCUUCAACUUCAUCUUCUGGCUUGCAGGAGGAGUAAUCCUGGGCGUGGCCCUGUGGUUGAGACACGACCCCAAGACAAGCAACCUGCUGGAGCUGAAAUUUGAGGGAGCCCAGGCCCCCAGCACCUUCUACAUCAGUGUCCACAUCCUGAUCGCUGUCGGUGCAGUGAUGAUGGUGGUCGGUUUCCUUGGUUGCUAUGGCGCCAUCCAGGAGUCUCAGUGUCUUUUGGGAACUUUCUUCGCCUGCCUGGUCAUCCUGUUCGCAUGUGAAGUUGCAGCUGGAAUCUGGGGCUUCAUGCACAAAGACACUGUGUCGAAGGAGAUGAUCAACUUCUAUGACUCUGUGUAUGACAAGGCCAUGGAUCAAAGCAUCACUGAACAGAAUUCACAGACGGCUUCUGUGCUCAAGGUGUUCCAUGAGACGCUGAGCUGCUGUGGUAAAGGCAUGGGGACGUCGAUUUUGACAACCAUCACAGACAAGGUUGGCCUGACUGCCAUUUGCCCAGCCGGUAAAAUAAGCGAUAGUUGCCACAAAAGGAUCCAUGAGCUGUUCUCAGAUAAGGUUUACCUGAUCGGUAUCGCCGCUCUGGUGGUGGCAGUUAUUAUGAUCUUUGAGAUGAUCUUCAGCAUGGUGUUGUGCUGCGGGAUCCGCAACAGCCCGGUGUACUAAAGCUACAGGGGGGCUGCCAGCAGACGUGCAAAUGAAGGAAGGUCGAUGUUGCAGUCGCUGUCUCAUUCAAUCUUUUCUUUUAUAAGCAGGAAACCUCACAUAUAUAUUGCUUGCUGGAUUUAGUCAGCUGGUUGAGAAGACAACUUAAAAACCACCCUCCAUUGAGCAUUUUCAUGACACUGUCGACGAAUGUUUUGUUAGUCACAGAUGCUGUUCUGCAUAUUUGACCAGUUCUCUCCUAAUCUGAUAAGUAGAUUCGUAUUAUAUCACACUGUCACACAUAAAUUUCUCUUACCAGUCCUGGUGCUUUAAUCCUUUAGGGAUUCGUUAGUUGUUUACUGCCUCCUUGCCUAUGAACAUGCUCUUAUAUUCUUGGUUUUAUAGAUGUUUUUUUUUUCACUGUUAUGUAUAAACUGUAUAUAAAUAUAUAUAUUAACAGUGCUUUAUGACUGCAUGAGCAUGGAUAUUACAGUAAAUUCUUCUCCUGUAUUCUUCCUGCACUCUGCUAAUUCAGCUUGCCCCAGACUGAACCAGAUGAUGGUUUAUUAGUCCGCCACUAGCAUCGGCCUCACCACACCAUGUGGAGUGAACGUAACACAAACGCACUCCCCCCAUCCCACAGAUCACUGUCUUGACUCAAAUCCACAUCAGAUGUAAGAUGAGAGGGUCCAUACCACUCUCGUGUCUUGGGGUUAAAAUUUGAAAGCUAGAGCCAGUGGGUGACUAGAUUAGUUUAGCAUGAAGGUUGGAGGGAAGAGAGAAUGUGCUCUGGAAGUGUUUUUCCAGGUGCAGAGACUUCUGGAGUCGACCAGUAAAAACUCUCACCUGGCCCAGCUGUAGUUCCAUCAUAUCCCUCCCCUUAACUAUAAUUCAUCAUUAAUACGUAACCAAGUCAUAUUCAUCGCCCGUGUCAAUACAUUUGUCUGUUUCACAAAUUAACAGUGUUUUUCAGGGCUGUUGUGUAAAAUUUGAUAUUGCAAGUGUUUAUGCUCUUGUGUUUUUUUUGAAUAGUCUCAGGCUAAUAGCAGUGCUGAUGUGUGUAGUAGUAGAAGACAGUGCAGGCACAUUAACACUACAGUGUUGCCUCCACCUGGCAACUGAACAUGCACACUAUUUAGUGUAAUGGGGUGUUCUUUCACCACAUGGGCUUAAAAAUACGUGGUGCUGAGGUCUGUUCCUUCUAGAUCCAUCUGCCACUGUCAUUUGGGCAUAACUGCCCAGCGGCGCAAUGUGUCAUAAACACGUACAUCGAACCAUCUUGUUAUCCCGUGUAACCCUCCAUAUUAUCACAGCAUUUGUCUGCCAACUAAAAACUUGUCUUGUUAACAUUUCAUACUUAAACUGAGAAGCAGUAAAAAGUGUCUUGUAAUAUUUACAGCUCUGAGGUAUUGUACUAAUGAAAAUAAUGAAGGCUGUAAAAAGACAAUAUAUGCCUUUUCUCUCUCUUUGUAUUGUGAUAUCUUUGUCCGGUACGUCGUCAAAGGAGUCAGUACAGAGGGUGGAAGAUUGAGUGGCAGUGCUGACUGGGAGGAAAUCAAACCUUCAAUACAUCAUGAGCAAAAAAAGACAGAGUCUGUCCAUGUUGCUGCAUUUUGAACCUGGUAACACACUCAGGCCUCACUGCCACUUAAAUCUCAACCCUCUCUACUCUUGAAGACUUUGGUUUGCCCAAAUAUAAAGGGAUUAAAUGUAUUUUACAAAUAAA